UGAAUACAGUCGAUGUCCAUCAAAAUCAAAUCUUGAUCUUUUGGGCUGAUCCCAAAAUAGUAUCUCCACGUGAUAAUGGUGCCAAGGUUGUGACGAACAACAGUACCCUGAAGAAUGGUCAUUUAAUGCCCAGGACAUUCUUGUUUCUCCCAACAGGCCGUAUCACUCGUUUUCCUCUUUUUGCUGCUCUCUGACUACAGCUGCUAGCUACUGCAUUUCUGCCCUUUCUCUUCUCUUCCUAUUUUUCCUGCUCCUGAAUCCUCCGUUGGUAACUUUUAUUCGCUUUGAAAAAACCAUUGAAUUUUUUUAAUCUACCUUACGCACAAACAAAACGUUGAGAACUAGUGGAAAGAAAUUGCCUUGGAUCAAGGACUAACAUGUCUUCCUCUUCUUCAUCUUCUCUCAUUACCUUCGGUCAAGACGCCUCACCAACGCUGCAACAACGCCUCCAAUUCCUCGUCCAAAGCGGACCUGGAUGGUGGAUAUACUCCAUUUUCUGGCAAGCUUCAAGGGAUGCUCAUGGCCACCUUGAUUUAUCAUGGGGUGAUGGCUAUUUUCGGGGGACCAGGGACUUUACAGGCAAAUCCAGCGAUAAGCUAAGCCAAUCCAAAUUCGUGUCCAAGUUUGACAGAAAAAGGUCGGGCAAAGAGGUGCAAGCUCUUUUCAACGAAGAGAUGGACAUUGAGAGAAUGGUGGAUGGCGAUGUUACUGACUACGAGUGGUAUUACACCGUAUCAAUGACCCGCUCCUUCGUUAUAGGAGACGGUAUUCUAGGGAAGACUUUCGGUUCAGGCUCCUACACUUGGUUGAGUGGAGAUCAGGAACUCCAAUUGUACGAGUGUGAGCGAGUUAGAGAAGCUCGAAUGCGAGGAAUUCAGACAUUAGUCUGUCUUUCGACUUCCUUCGGGGUAGUUGAACUGGGAUCUUCAGAAAUUAUCAAAGAAGAUUGGGGCCUGGUGCAACUCUCAAAAUCAAUUUUCGGUUCCGAAAUUAACUGUCUGGGUUCAAAGCAACCUGGCCAGGAAUCUCACAUCCAAAUUUCAACGCGAAGUGUUCCUUUUCUUAAUUUCGGAAUGGUUUCAGGUGAGCAAAAGCAGUGUGUUGUUGAAGAGAAGCAACAAGGCGAGCCCAAGAAAGAAACUACCGGUUUAGGCCGCUCAUCAUCAGACUCCGGUGCCGAUUCUGAUGGUAAUUUUGCCUCUGCAUACAAGGAGUUUAAUGCCCGGUUGAAGAAGAGAGGAAGAAAGCCCGGGAGUGGAAAAGAAACCCCUUUAAACCACGUGGAAGCAGAGAGGCAGCGGCGUGAGAGACUGAAUCAUCGAUUCUAUGCACUUCGAUCUGUGGUUCCUAACGUGUCCAAGAUGGACAAAGCAUCUUUGCUUUCAGAUGCAGUUUCUUAUAUAAAGGAGCUCAGAUCCACGAUCAAUGAACUGGAGGCCAAACUCCAAGUACAAUCGCUAAAAUCCAAGUUGAAUGAGAUCAGUGUUUUUGAUAAUCAAAGCAUAACAUCUACACUUGACAAUACAACGCGAUCCUCUAAUUUUGGGCCAAAGACAAUGGAAGUUGAUGUCAAGAUUGUAGGAUCCGAAGCCAUGAUUCGGGUUCAAUCUCCUGAUGUAAAUUAUCCAGCUACAAGAUUGAUGGAUGCACUUAGAGACCUAGAGCUUCAUGUUCACCAUGCCAGCAUAUCAAACGUGAACGAGCUGGUGCUUCAAGAUGUUGUUGUCAGAGUUCCUACUGGAUUUGUAAGCGAGGAGGUGCUGAGGACUGCUAUCCUUCAGAGAUGCAGAUUGAACUAGCUAAGUUUCCCUGUGAGGUUAUCAAGCAGUCCUUUGUUUUUCUUUCUUUGUUUGGACCAUGGAUUAUCAUGAUUCCAGAAGCCACAUAUAUGUAACAUUACUACUUGUUCUCUUUUGCUUUUAAGUGAAUGCAUAUUCUUCUUGGUUUAUCCGAAUUUUGCAGUAUUUGAUAUAUGUGUUUCUGUGCAAUAUAUAUGUGGGAGUCCCUAGUAUGGUGAGAGAUAAG